AUGGAGACUCCUUCAUCCAACAAUACGGCUUACAAUGCCCUUGAAGAGGGCAGCCUUGCUCCUUUAGCUGUUGUUGGAAUUUCGUUGAAAUUCCCUCAAGAUGCAACAUCACCUGAAGCGUUCUGGGAUAUGUUGGUUCAAGGCCGAUGUGUUUCUGGAGAAUUUCCUCGAGAUCGGAUGAAUAUCGACGCCCAUCACGAUGCCGACCGAGACCGGCUUCACAGUCUCUCCUGCCGAGGAGCUCACUUCCUUAAAGAGGACCUUGGUCGUUUUGAUGCUCCCUUUUUUGGGAUGAGUGACGCCGAUGCAAAGGCCAUGGACCCUCAACAGCGCCUCGCCUUGGAGACAGUAUAUCGAGCACUGGAAAAUGCAGGGCUGCCGGUUGAGCAUGUUGCCAGUUCGAAGACUAGUGUAUUUGCGGGCUCCUUCUGCAGCGACUACCACAUGAUUCAGAUCAAGGAUCCGCUCAACGUGCCAAAAAAUGCCAUCGCGGGCAGCGGCCGGAAUAUGAUCUCCAAUCGCAUCAGCUGGUUCUUCGACUUCUUAGGUCCUAGUGCGACUAUUGACACGGCCUGCUCGAGCAGUCUCAUGGCGGUGGAUCUAGCCUGUCAGUCUAUAUGGGGCGGUGAUGCUAAUAUGGGCAUUGCUAUUGGCUGUAAUAUUAUAUUGGCCCCAGAGAUGACUAUUGGCCUAGACAACCUUGGGCUAUUAUCACGCGACAGCCACUGUUAUAGUUUCGAUAGCCGAGCAAAUGGAUACGCUAGGGGCGAAGGUGUCGGUGCUAUUGUUAUCAAACGACUGGAUGACGCUGUAUCAGCUGGAGACACCAUCAGGGCUGUCAUUCGAUCAUCCAGCUCUAACCAGGAUGGAAGGACUCCUGGAAUUCUUCAACCGAGCAAGAACGCACAGGUCCGUUUGAUCCAAGACACCUAUCGAAAGGCUGGCCUCGACAUGGACACCACCAGGUACUUUGAAGCACAUGGCACAGGAACACCGAUUGGUGAUCCUAUCGAGUCUCGAGCUAUUGGUACUGCAUUUCGUGAGUACAGAUCAGGAGAUGCGCCUCUAUACGUGGGCUCUGUAAAGUCAAACAUUGGCCAUUUGGAAGGCGCUAGUGGAAUUGCUGGCUUCAUAAAAGCAGUUCUUGUGCUAGAAAAAGGCAUUAUUCCACCGAAUAGCAGCAACCUGCAGGUCACAAACUCCCAGAUCGACGAAGAUUAUAUGAGACUCAAAAUAAUAAAAGGUGCCAUUGCCUGGCCUACUACUGGAUUACGGCGAGCUUCUGUGAGCUCCUUUGGCUUUGGCGGGGCAAAUAGUCAUAUUGUGCUUGAUGACGCUUACAACUCCCUUCGUCUGUGGGGUUAUGAGACAGGUCAUCAUGAUACUGUCGUAGUACCUUUGAAGCAGGUCAAUGAUUCGCCGCAGAUGCCUGAUCAUGGCAAGGCCGACAGGACUAAUUCUCAUAUCUCUCGAGUAAAUGAUGCUAAUGAUGAUAACAUAUGUGAAUACAGAUCGGCUCCGAGGCUGUUUGUGUGGUCAGCCACGGACAAGGCAGGAAUCACACGACUUGCAGAGAGCUGGAACUCGUACUUCUCGACUCCGAUAGAAGUGACGGAAGCUUACAUGAGGGAUCUAGCAUAUACUUUAUGCGAUAGGCGAACUCAUUGGGCGUGGAGGACUUUUGUUGUUGCUAAUUCAGCCGUACCUAUACAAAACAUAACAGCACAAUUCGCCCCUGCUACUCAGUGCAUCACCUCACCACACCUGGCUUUUGCUUUUACCGGUCAAGGAGCUCAGUGGUAUGCAAUGGGUCGCGAGCUCAUAAGUCAUUAUGAGGUUUUCACGAGAAGCCUGUCCGAUUCGGGUACAUACUUCAAAGAGCUUGGAUGUGAAUGGGAUGCGAUAGAGGAGCUACAGAAGCCAGAGUUGGAGUCAAAGGUGACUGAUCCAGUGUAUGGUCAACCACUCUGCACGGCACUUCAGAUCGCGCUGGUAGAUCUCCUUGAGAGCUGGGAAAUAUCACCUGCUGCGGUGGUUGGUCACUCUUCUGGCGAAAUUGCUGCCGCAUACUGCUCCGGGGCGCUAUCAAAACGCUCUGCACUGAAGAUCGCAUACUUCAGGGGCUAUGUAGCCGGACUCCUUGGGGGCUCUAGUGACAUGAAAGGAGGUAUGCUUGCUGUGGGUCUGUCAAAGGAAGAGGUGCAGAAAUACUUGGAUGCGCUUGCCUCCCAGUUUGAAGCGUUGAAGGUUGUUGUAGCUUGCAUCAACAGUCCCCGGAGCAUCACAAUAUCCGGAGAACUGCAGCAGAUUGAAGCCCUGCAUGACCUGCUGAAUCGCUAUCAUGUGUUCUCCCGAAAACUGACAGUCAAUGUGGCCUACCAUUCAUUUCAGAUGCGUGAGGUGUCAGACCGGUAUCAUACCAUCCUUGGGGACCUGGAAAUGUCAUGCAAAAGAAAGAGAAAACCGCCAUUCAUGGUUUCAUCUGUCACAGGAACCGUGGUAUCGAACGAGCAACUGGUGGAGCCGGAGUACUGGGUCAAUAACAUGAUUUCACCGGUACUUUUCCAUGAUGCAGUGAGCUAUCUAUGCUCACAUUCGGAGAAGGUAUCCAAGAAGAUUGAUGGCAGUCACCGCCGCACUGUUGCGAUCAAUCAUCUUUUGGAAAUUGGCCCACAUUCUGCGCUGCAAGGACCGUGUCGUGAUAUUGUGAGCGCCAUGGAGAGGUCUGACAAAGUCUCAUAUGUUCCCCUGCUGGUGCGCAAACGUUCCCCUCUGGAAUGCAUCAUGGAAGCAGCAGGGCGUCUCCACUGCAGCGGAUAUACAGUCAAGUUAUCAUUGAUCAACGCUGACGGGCUAGCGAAGGCCCAGCGAAGCCCUCGUGUGCUAAUCGACCUACCCGAAUAUCCCUUCAAUCACUCAACAUCAUACUGGCAUGAAAGCCGCCUGAGUAAAGGAUACAGACUCCGUCGAUAUGGUUACCUGGAGCUGCUUGGCACUCCUGAGCCAAACGGAAACCCGAUGGAGGCUAGCUGGAGGAAUAUCAUCCGAGUCUCUGAUAUGCCAUGGGUGCAGGAUCAUAAAAUCAACAAUACUAUCUUGUAUCCGGGAGCAGGAAUGGUGAUCAUGGCAAUAGAGGCUGUCAAGCAACUGGCUGAUCUAGAACGGCCUAUUGCAGGCUUCAGUGUUCGGGACGCCGUGUUCUUGUCCGCCCUGCAAAUUCCCACACACGCAGAGGGGAUUGAGGUCAAUGUGCACCUAAAGCGUACGACAGAUAGAAAGGCGGAUGCGACAGGCUGGUUUGAAUAUCGCAUAUACGCUUACGAUAAUGGAGCCUGGGUGGAAAACGGCGCCGGCUCCAUUCAAGCCCUUUAUGAAGCCAGAGACGCAGGCCUAGAAGCCAAUCGCCGGGAGGAGAGCGCGUGGGAAAGCCAUCUUCUAGAAGGCUUCAGCGGUGCAGCACAGUCAUGUAUAUCAUCUGUGAAUGCCGACGAGUUUUAUAAGCUCCUACGUUUAUCUGGCUACCAAUACGGCCCUGAAUUCUCCGCAAUCCAAAAAAUUGGUUACAGAGAAGGAAGUUACAACAACAUCGUCUCAGACAUUCGCACAUUUCGACCUACGGACACAGGUGGUCCCGGUACUUAUCCGACUCACACGAUCCACCCCACAACCUUUGACGGCAUCAUCCAGAUGGCGGCUGGUUUGGAAACGGAUGUAGGCCGGCGUGUGACAAAUGUGGCUGUUCCAACAAGGAUUGACCGGCUCUGGUUGUCGAAUUCUGGUGGUCUCAGCCAUCCAUCUGCAAAUAUCGUCAAAGCAUACGCGACCCGUAGCCAAUCCGCCGUGGGGUAUACAUACUAUUCCAUGACGGCAGUGAAUUCAGAUGUCUCCAAGGCUCUUUUGACACUUGAAGGCUUGAAAGUGACGGCCAUUGCAAGCACGGAGAAGGCGCAUAUUUCAAACCAUUUCAAGGCCGAUAAUUUCUGCCAUUUCAUUGAGCGGAAGCCUGAUAUUGACCUAUUAACAAGUUCUGAGGCUUGGAAUCUCUACGGGGCUCACGAUCCACAGCUCAUAGAGCCGGUGCAGCAAUUCACCGAGCUUGACUUUCUCGCAGCAACUUACAUUAGCAGAUAUGCGACCUCUUUUCACGAGGAAGACAGACAGCCCCUUCCUCAUAUAAACAAAUACGUGGACUGGGCACUGGACUACAACAGAACACUGGAUCAGGGAAUAUCCCGAUUUAGCGCUAAGGAAUGGAGAGACCGCAUGAACGAUGACGAGUAUAUCAGAAAGCUACAUGAGCGAGUGGAAAGUGGCAGCAAGCGAGGUCUUUUAGUGAGCACAGUCUGCCGGAAUCUUGGGGGUUUUAUACGAGACCCACUGGCUCUCUUGUUCAACAACAAUCUACUUGCGGAUGUCUACUAUGAAAUGCUUCGCAUUGGCUCAGGUUCAUCACAACUGGAAAGAUUUAUCGGCGAGCUGGCUCAUAAGAACCCGCAGAUGAAGAUCUUGGAGAUAGGAGCCGGAACUGGAGCCAUGACUGCCACCUGCCUCAAGGCACUAACCAUGGACUUUGAGUCGGGGACCAGUCUGCGUUGUUACAGUCAGUGGGACUUUACCGAUAUCUCGAGCUCUUUCUUUCCCAGCGCCCAAAACCAGUUUGCAGCAGAAGGCCAGAGCAUGCGCUUCAAGGUGCUCGAUAUUGAGCAAGACCCUGAAGCACAGGGGUUCGAGUGUGGGACCUACGAUAUGGUUGUUGCAUUUCUGGUUUUGCAUGCAACGGCCAACUUGUCUGCUAGUCUGAGAAAUGUCCGGAAGCUGUUGAAAGGGGGUGGGAAGCUUCUUCUCUUUGAGAUUACUCACCUGCAUCCUGUCAGGACCAAUCUUGUAUUUGGCCUGCUCGAUGGAUGGUGGCGAGGGACAGAGGCAUACCGCCAAAAGAGCCCCUGUAUUAGUUCCGAGAAAUGGGGCGAGCUCUUGAAAGAGACUGGUUUUUCUGGUUGCGACCUUGUGCUUGAUGAUUACAACGACAAAGUGUGUCGCGAGGGCAGCAUGAUCGUGUCGACUGCUGUUGCUCCUCGACCGACUCAAAGGACAAGUACAGCAGUUAAUAUCAUCCUUGACCCAAGGGAUCAAAUCCAGGCUGAUCUGGCAAUGACACUGUCUGAUUGUCUUCAGAAGAUUGGACUUUCUGGCAUCACUCAGAGAUCGCUGAGCGACACCCUCAGCAGGGAGCUGUCACCAGACGUUCUGGACAUCUGCCUCUUGGAAUCAACGACCCCGUUUCUGUACAACAUGAAAAAAACAGACUAUGAAGGGCUGCAAGGGUUGGUGUCAUCCACGAGGAAUCUUAUCUGGGUCGGCGAAGGUGGAGGGCGUCAACCCCUUGCAAAAUCCGGACUUAUUGAUGGGCUUUUCAGGGUUCUUACUGGGGAGAUGUACAGAGCUCGGCUGACAACCUUGUCACUUGAGCGGAACACUUCCAGAGAACACCAAGCCGAGCAGAUCAUCAAGAUAGUGCGCUCCGUCGCUGCCGAUACUGACAGGACUGCAGAUACAGAGUACACCGAAAUCGACGGCAUACUUCACAUCAAUCGCCUGGUUCCCGCUAGGCCUCUAUCUCAAGAAGUAGCCAGGAAGGUUCUCCCACAGCAAAGAGGGAAAAAGCCGUAUGGCUUGGGGCCACCAUUGAGACUGAACAUCGGAUCGCCUGGCCUGCUGAACACACUGCAUUUUGUCGAAGACCGAUCCCAAGAGAAACCUCUCGGGCCGAAAGAGAUUCUUAUCAAAGUCAAAGCCGUGGGUCUGAACUUCCGUGAUGUGCUCGUUGCUUUAGGCAGACUGGAAACCGAUACUCUAGGAGCUGAAUUUUCUGGCGAAGUGGUCCAGAUUGGAAGAUCUUGUCAAAAGUUCCAGCCCGGCGACAGAGUCGUCGCCUUUCAUCCCAGCCGCUAUGCGAACUAUGUUCGUGUGCAAGAGGACAUGCCUGUGGCUAAGAUCCGGAAUGAGAAGAUGUCAUUCGUGACCGCUGCUGCUAUUCCCGUAGCAUAUGCAACCGCGUGGAUCACUCUGAGCAGAACAGCAAAUCUUCAAGCAGGUGAAUCAAUAUUGAUUCAUUCAGGGGCUGGUGGGACAGGACAGGCUGCUAUCCAUGUGGCGCAAUACCUAGGAGCGACGGUGUUUGCGACGGUGUCGACCGAAGAGAAGAAGCAGCUCUUGAUGGACCGUUGUCACAUUCCCGCGGAGCAUAUCUUCUCCAGUCGAAAUACACUAUUCGCUAAAGGGAUCCGACGUCUCACUCAAGGUAGAGGGGUAGACGUUGUUUUGAACUCGCUAUCCGGUGAUGGUCUUGUUGCAUCAUGGGAAUCGGUUGCACCAUAUGGGCGGUUUGUUGAAAUUGGGAAGAAUGAUAUUCUUUCGAACUCGAAGCUUCCAAUGCUCCAAUUCGAGAGAAAUGUCAGCUUCAUGGCAAUUGACCUCGCUGGAAUGAUGGCCGAACGGCCUCAUCUGAUCACUGCAGCUUUGGAGAAAGUAUUCUCCAUGCUUGAAGACGGCAAAAUAUCUCUUGUCCAUCCUUUGCAGCUGCUAGGUAUUGCAGAGAUUGAGCAUGCCUUUAGACAAAUGCAGACCGGGAAGAACUCGGGGAAAACCGUGUUGGAGAUGAGAGAAACGGACGAAGUCAUGACGGUUGUUGACACAAAACCUUCCUUUUCCUUCCCGCCGGAUGCAACAUAUGUCAUAGCUGGCGGGCUGGGUGGCCUUGGUCGCAGUAUUGCCCGUUGGCUUGUUGAACGAGGGGCACGCAAUUUGCUACUGCUCUCGCGAUCUGGUCAGGCAAGUCCGCAUGCAAGAAGUCUGGUGGAGGAGCUGCAUGCCAGAGGUGCACGUGUUAUCACUCCUGCAUGUGACAUUACCAACAGGGAACUGCUAAAGACAGUACUCAGCGUCUGUAGCCAGCUGAUGCCUCCGAUCAAGGGAUGCGUGCAGGCAACAAUGGUGGUCUCGGCUCAAAAUUUCGAAAGCCUGGAUUACGAGUCCUGGAAGUCAACCACGACUCCCAAAGCCCAGGGAUCCUGGAACCUGCACAAGCUUCUCCCACAGGGCAUGGACUUUUUCGUCAUGAUGUCCUCUGUCGCGGGCAUUCUUGGAACGAUCGGCGACCCUGGUUACGCAGCCGGCAAUACAUUCAAAGACGGUCUGGCACGACAUCGAGUCGCACAAGGCGAGAAGGCAGUCUCGUUGGGCCUGGGACCUAUCCUUACAGCAGGGUAUUUGAAGGAUAACCCGGACCGUCGAGAGUAUUUCCUGUCCCACAACGUUCUCGAUGAGAUCACAGAGUUGGAGCUACACGCCAUACUGGAUACGUACUGCGACCCCAACCGGGACCAGAUCUCCAUGCUAGAGAGCCAGGUAGUCGUGGGAAUCACCCCUACCAUGCGAGAGCACGGAAUGCACAAGACGGACUGGCUAGACCGACCGCUGUUCCGACAUUUGGCUCUGAUCAAUGGAGCAGGAGGUGGCAGCACGGAGGACUCGAAUCUAGCGGCUCUCUUUGCGGGGGCUUCAUCGACGACAGAGGCAGCGGGGAUCGCGAUGCGCGCGACGCGGGAGAAGCUCUCGGUUAUGAUGUCCAUGCCGGUGGACGAGAUUGACACGGACAAGCCUAUUCACCAAUAUGGAGUGGAUUCGUUGGCCGCGGUGGAGCUACGGAAUUGGUUCGCGCGGGAGUUACGGGCGGACCUGGCCAUGUUUGAUAUCUUGGGGAGUGCGAGUAUUGCAUCGGUGGUGGCGGUGGCAGUGGGGAAGAGCGAGUACCGACGGUCUGACUCGGCUCUGAGUGAUUCAUAGUAUCAGUUUUGCAUGCAUAUACCAUCAGUGCC